UGUCACUUGUCAGUUUCGGGCUUCGGGAGUUGAUUACUUAGUACUCACUUUAGGUUUAGACAGUUUUGAAAAAAUUUCAAAACAAAUACAAUAGUCGGUAAAAUAAACAAAUUCUAAGAGAUAUCACUUAAUUGAGAUUAAGCAAUGGUAGGUUUUAAUAUGGAUGGUCCAGCCAGGGACAGAGUAAUGAAAUUAAUACAAGAAAAGGAUAGAAUAGAAAGCAUUAUUCGCGAUCAAAAUUUAAUUCUAGAAGCUAACAAUGUCGGAAUGCAGGAUUCUCUUGUAGACGCUGAUGGGUUUCCAAGGAAUGAUAUCGAUGUUUAUAAAGUGCGGCACGCGCGGCAUCAAAUUAUAUGCUUACAAAAUGACCACAAGAAAAUUAUGAAAGAAAUUGAAAAAGGUCUUGGUGAGGUGCACGCUGACUUCCUGGGAACUGGCGGUGCUUCUUCAAGUACUCCACACCAGCCAAUAUACACUAAUGGUUUGUCAAGGCACAGUGAAACUCAUAGUCAAACUUUUGCCAAAGUUGGCCCUGUACAGGAAGGAUCUCCGGCAGAUCUCGCUGGUCUCUGUGAAGACGACGAGCUGCUUCAGUUCGGUUCAGUGAACCACGGUAACUUCACCGACAUCACACAGCUUCACAGUAUAGUGGUCCAUUCUGUCGGACAAGCUAUACAAGUUAGAGUGCAGAGACAACAUAUUGUUGUCAGCUUGAAUGUGGUGCCUCGACCUUGGGCCCGGCCGGGGCUACUGGGGUGUCAGAUACAACGGCUAUCAUAACGAAUAUACAUAGUAAACCAAGACAAAGGAAAAAUUCAUAGGGUCAAAGUUUAUUUUGUGUUUGAUGUGAACAAAAUUGAAAGAAACUGUUUUAUAACAUAUGUUAUGUCAUAAAAUGUAAAAAUAUUCAUCUGUAUAUUUGUAUAAAUAUUUGAGGGAAAAAAAAAUAUGUAAAAAAGUUUGCUUUUUUAUUAAGUAUAUAUUGAGCUGCCCCAUUGUUUUUGUCAAUAUGUUAGGGCAAUAACAGAAUUUCCUAAUGAUAAAUGUUUUAUGACCCUAAAUCAAUCAAUAAUAUAUAUAUAUACAUAUUUAUUAAUCAUUACACUUUUAUAACACUGCCCAGACCUGUUUCUGAUAAAUAUUAAACGAGAUUUUUUUACUAAAA